AUGGCCAGUGAGCGACCUGAUAUACUUGUGGCCAUUGACGUUGGCACAACUUACACAGGUGUCGCAUGGGCGCGGCCGCAGCGGAAUCAUGCCCUGCAAAGUCCUAUUCAGAUAAUACAUAACUGGCCUGGCGCUUCGACCAAAAACGAACAAAAAGUCCACACUUGUCUUGUCUAUAAUCAGGACGACAGCUUGUCCUCCUGGGGCUACCUGUGCGAAGAUGACGACUUGAUCGAUAAGAAGAAGAAGAAGCGGGAGUUCUUCAAAAUUUUUCUCGAUCAGCGCACGUUGGAAGAUGCGCGCCGCCAAAAUAUCAGCCAGGCGCCCACCUCCGUCCAGGAUGCACAGAGGUUGAUCUCUAGCUACCUGCGCGAAGUUUACUCGCACGUCAAAUCAACAGUGGAAUUGUAUACUGGUAUAGGCCACGUGGGAUGGCAGGAGUUAGUAGUCGAAUUCAUCUUCAGCGUCCCAACGACGUGGAGGAGCCAGGAGAUCAUCAACUCUUUCAAAAAUUGUAUUCAUGAUGCAGGGUUCGGUGUCGAGGGACGGUACCACAGAGCUACGGUCGAGCUGACAGAGUCUGAGGCGGCAGCUGUCGGGACCAUCAAGAACUCAGCUGUGGCUUUCGAAACAGGCGAUAUCUUCUUAUCUGUCGACGCAGGAGGCGGGACGACGGAUCUUGCACUAAUGCAAGUUGUCGAGGCGCGGCAGCCGUUUCCAUUACUAUCUCAGCUAAACCAAGUAGACGGUAUUGGGAUUGGCUCGACGUUAAUCGACCAGGCUUUCGUAACGAUGAUAAAUAAUCGUCUCAACAAGUUUCCCGAGUUAGUAGACAAACUUCCUCCUGACUGUGCUGAAAGGCUCGUCAAGAGCGAGAGGUAUCGAACAACGAAGCACAAGUUCGGGGAGCGAGUUUACCAAUCCACCUGUUAUAAGCUCCCCUUAGAAGGUGUUCCUUAUAAUCUUACUCACACUGGUGCGCAGAUAGAGCUCGGUAGGAUAAUAGUUUCGUGGGAACAGAUGCAGGCCCUCUUCGAUCCGCAUGUCGAAGGUAUUAUCAAGAAGAUACACGAGCAGCUAGACUGGAUGUUAACUAAUGGGAUCGACCGGCCAAUAACCUAUAUGAUCCUAUCUGGCGGACUCGGAAGCUCCAAGUACAUCCGUGAUCGCAUUCAGCACGAAAUGAUGAUUAGUCUCUAUCCACAUGCCCAUCAAGUUAAAGUGCUACAAGCUCCUGAUCCGCAACUGGUCGUCGUGAAGGGACUAUUGUUAGACAGAUUGCAGAAUCUAGAGUCGGGACUGGCACCGGUCAUUGUAAGUAGAGUAGCUCGGGCGAGUUAUGGUCUUGUAUGCAAGACCAAGUACAACCCGGAGAUACACAUCGAUGAAGAGAUAAAGACGGACUCUUACGACGGAGAGAAAUACGCCAUGGGCCAAAUCGACUGGAUUAUUAGAAAGGGAGAUUCCAUAAGUACGAAUACCCCUAUUAGUACGACUUACACGAAGAAAGUGGACCCAAAAGAUUCGGAUCGCAGCUGGGAUUCAAUUGUCGUGAUCUCAGAUUUGGACCCUUUCUUCUUGCCUCACAGCAUAAAUCAAGAAGGGUUCAAACAGCUCUGCGUAGUAAAGAGCGACAUCACGGGAAUAAACAACAGCGACAUGAUAAUGAGGCGUAAGUCGAGGAGGUUCUUGUUUCACAGCAAGAAGUUUUAUGUAUGCAGUUACGAAGUUCGGGUCAUCGUAGCCCCCGCGGAGUUGAGAUUCGAGUUGUGGUUUGCCGGGCAGAAGUUCUCGGGGAACCACGAGCCCAUCAAGAUUACGUGGGACGCCGAAGGGUCCAAAGUCGGCGGAUAA